AUGGCGAGCUCAUCGAGGAGAUCGAGUGGCCCGGUGCUCCCGAUCUCGAGCGCGUUCCAGCGAUCGAUCUCCCCCUCGGGCCGCUUCUCCUCCUCCGCCGCCGCCGCNUAUUCACUAGUACUAGCAUUAGCACUAGUGCUUGUACUAUCUCCACCGCUCCAUCCCCACUACUAUUACUCCCACCACCACAACCACCACCACCACCGAUCCACCUCCCCCGGCCGAUCCUUCUCCGUGUCCGACCAGAUCCCGUCGCGCCGCCCCGUCCCCGGCGGCGGCGGAUCCUCCGGCGGCGCGGCGCCGGGGCGGAGGACGUGCAUGUGCUCGCCCACGACGCACCCCGGAUCGUUCCGAUGCAGCCUCCACAAGGGCUUCCACAGCGGCAGCCCCCACCACCGCUCCUCUUCCCCCCACGCCGCGGCGUCCUCUCCCUCGAACCGCCUCAACGCGCGCCGCUCCGCCAUGACGAACUCGCUCGUCCGCAUCGGCACCGUCGAGGGUGACCUCGUGAAGCGCGCCCUCGCCGCCCUCAUCCGCCCCUCCUCCCACCACCAACGCCGCCGCUCCGCGUUCCAACCCCGCCCGAGCCGCCUCUCCGUCAUGUCCAAAGCCGGCGACCCCGAUCUAUGAUCUCCACCGUCCG